GGCGCUCAACUAGUGUGAUCCAGCGGUUUCGCAAGAUAUGCCGCUGCACUGUGCAGCGCAGGACUGUAUGAACUGCAGUUCUUACAAUGGCAGGCUUGUGCAUACGUUUCCAACCGAGCCCACGUUGCAAAAGUUAUGGAUUCGCGCCUCCCGCCCUUCACAGCCAACCUGGCUGCCCUCGAAGAGCGCCUGGCUAUGCUCAGACCACUUCGCAGACGAAGACUAUCACAUGAGCCCGACGCUACUACGGAGCCUCGGCCUGCCGACGAAACGUUGCAGGUUUAAACCUGGCGUGGUGCCGUCGCUGUUUACACGGAAACGCAAGCAACAGCAACCCGAUGGCAACGAGGAAAAACGGCGACGGAAAGAGUUUAUUGAUGACCUGUUGGGAAAGCUACCAGAAGCAACAGCCACAGACACUGUUGAACAAGUUGACAUGCCAUCAACCUCUUCGACUACUAACAAGACAAGGCAAAGCCUUGACCCUCAACAUGAGCCACCACAUGAUGAAAGUGCUGGCAUCGAGGAACCUUGUUUCAGCUCAGCCUCCUCCCUCAGUAAGGCUGCACAAGCUCGACCUGAUCUUCUGGAUGCUGCUGCGCAAGCUCGACCUGAUCUUCUGGAUGCUGCUGCACAAGCUCGACCUGAUCUUCUGAAUGCUGCUACGCAGUCCUCAGACCUCUACUUGCGCAGAAACGCAAGCACACAAGUCAUCAUCAAGAAUCCGUCGCGAUACAGCCAAACGGAUCCUGUCCUUGUGAGGCCACGUUGCUCAUCACCAAAUCACCUCCUGCAGGCACAAUUAGAUUGGACGUUGCCUACAGUGCUGACACAGUUGCCACAACCUCCAAUGCCGCCAGAACCAUCGGCGCCACUACAGCCAGAAGUGCCACCGCAGCCGCACACAGCUACUAGCGAACCAGCCAUCCCAGAAGAUUCCGGCGAGGAGUCUUUUACAGAGCUGCCUGAGCAACAUUUGGAAGCGGACACAACAUAUCUUCCAUCCGACACAAGCCUUCUGAUGAUGUCAGGCACCAGCUUUCUAAGGGAUCACCAGACAAGCACAUCUUGUGCCAGCCCACUGGACAACGACAACAGUGCUGCCAUAAACGACCACCAGACAAGCACAUCUUGUGCCAACCCGCUGGACCAAGAAAACAGUGCUGCCAUAAACGACCACAUCUUAGAAAGAAAGUUCUUGAUUUUUGAAUCUUUCUUGGACGAGCUCCUUGCUAAAUGUCCGAAGUGUGCCGCACCCUGCCACACUAUAUAUAAGAAGGUCAAGGGGACAUGCCUCACAGUACGAAGAAUCUGCAACAACGGCGAUGUGCACUGCUGGAGCAGCCAGCCCAUUGUGAACAGGAGGCCACUGGGCAACAUACUCUUCGCUGCAGUGACUCUCUAUUCUGGAUGCAUUGUGAAGAAGGUCCUGCGGCUUUUCACCCAAAUCGGAGUGCCCCGCAUCUCAUAUAGAACAUUCUUCAAGGUCCAGGCUGCCUUCCUUCUGCCAGCCAUCAGACAGGUUUGA